AUGGUUAUAACGGUACCGUUUUUAGAUGAUGGGAGCGGAAGCAAUAGUAUAGCAAAUAUAAUCAUUUGUCUCGAACUAAAUUCCACUUCUUUCCUCCCGAUGACUCAAGAACAGAAAGAUUGGUUGUUAGCUAUUGUUGACUGUGACCAACCGAAAAUGACAAGAAUGCUUAAUCAACACCCUGAACUAGCCGUAUGGAAGACUAGUAUCAACGGGUAUACUGCACUACAUUAUGCAGCUAAAUAUGGAGAUUGUGCUGCUAUCCGAUUGUUACUUGGAAAUUAUCAUGUUCAAGUUGAUGCUCAGACAUGUGAGGGUAUGACUCCUUUACAUUUGGCCGCUGCCAACGGGAAUGAAGAUGUUAUAAUCUUAUUAACUUCCGUGUACAAAGCUAG